AUUAAGUUAUAUGAGAGAUCUACCUCUUCUGCUGAAUAGAUUCAGUUUCCAAAAAGAAAGGAGGAGCAAACAUCAAAAUCAUCUUACCAGUAGUCUUUCUUGUCGUUCUUCUUGUAAGCUUGAGCUCUACAUGGUUCUGGUACACAUGGAGAAAAGGCCAUCUUGCACCAAUGGAGGAAGGAGCAAUGUUGCCUGCCUGUGAAACCCAGAAGAAUGAAGCCAUGGAGCUCCCAUUGUUUAGCUUUUCUACAAUAUCUAAAGCCACUGCUGAUUUCUCACUCAAUAACAAACUUGGAGAGGGUGGAUUCGGACCCGUUUAUAAGGGUAUGCUAGAAGAAGGGAUAGAGAUCGCGGUUAAGCGUCUGUCCACGACUUCCAGUCAAGGGCUCGAUGAGUUCAAGAACGAAGUCAUUUGCAUUUCAAAACUUCAGCACCGAAAUCUUGUUAAGCUUCUCGGAUGCAGCAUACAAGGGGAAGAGAAGUUGUUGAUCUACGAGUACAUGCCAAACCGAAGCCUAGAUCGGUUUAUAUUUGAUGAAAAGCAAAGAACCACCCUUGAUUGGACAAAGCGAUUCGACAUUAUCAAAGGAAUUGCUCGAGGGCUUGUUUAUCUACAUCAAGAUUCACGAUUACGAAUCAUCCAUCGAGAUCUUAAAGCUAGCAAUAUUCUACUAGAUCAAGAUAUGAACCCGAAGAUAUCAGACUUUGGCAUAGCCAGAAGCUUUGGAGGAAAUGAGACUCAAGCAAACACAGAGAGAGUUGUUGGCACAUAUGGUUACAUGUCCCCGGAGUAUGCAUUAGAUGGUAUUUUCUCGAUAAAGUCUGAUGUCUUUAGCUUCGGUGUUUUAACGUUGGAGAUUGUGAGCGGGAAGAGAAAUAGAGGAUUCGUGCAUCCCGAGCAUGACAAUAACCUUAUCGGACAUGCAUGGAGAAUGCAUAAUGAAGGCCGGUCAAUGGACCUUAUUGAUACUAGUUUGGCUGAAUCAAGCGAUCCAUCUGAAGUUUUAAGAUCAAUCCAAGUGGGGUUGUUAUGUGUCCAACAAAGUCCGGAAGAUAGGCCAGACAUGCCGUCUGUGAUUAUGAUGUUCGGUAGUGAGGGUGCAUUGUCACAGCCGAAACAACCAGCAUUUUUCACAGAAAGGAACUUAAUUGGUGCUGAUUUCUCAUCAAGUACUAAUCCAACAAAUUCAACCACUGGUUUAACCAUCACAGACGUUGUUGCUCGGUAGAAAGCACAUACUAUAUGUAACUUCAGUCACUACAAUAAAAUCAGAUUUUGUAAGACGUCAAAUAUGUUUAAAUGUCUUCAUACACUGUUUUGUAGGACUUAAAGUUUAUUAGACCGAACAACUGUACGUU